AUGGAAGAUUUCUCAUUAUUAAACAGGAUUAGAUAUUUUGAUAACAAUCUUGAUAUUGAUCAAAUUCCAGAAAAAUCUUUCGAUGAGACAAUCAAGGAUAAACUCUUCACAUGUAAAUAAAAUUGUUUUACUUUUAUCAUAGUGAUUAAAAAUCAAGAGAGUAAAAAUUCUGAUCCUUUAAAGAUCAUAUCUAGCACAGUAAAAAUCAGACAAGACAUUUCAGCUUACAUCGGCUCUGCUGGCUAUCUAUACAUGUAUUACAGACUCUAUGAAUACGCUAAGAGAAGUAAUUAGCCUGAAUUAAAGGAUGAAUAUUUUGCAAAAGCUGUGGACCUUUAUGAUAAGCUAAAACCCUUCAUUGAGCAGUAUGAAAUUUAGAGUGUUAAGUAAAAAUCAAUGAAGAUUCCUACUUUUUUCAUCGGUACGCCUGCUUACUAUCUUAUAGGAUGUCUGCUAUUUAAGGACUAAGCUAAAGAGGAACAAGCAUAGUUAGGAAUAAUGAAUUGCAUGAAAAAGAUUCUCUCUUUUAUGGUUAUAUUUGAAGAAGAAGGCUACAGGAUGGAAGAUGAGUUGCUCUAUGGCAAUGCAGGGUAUCUGUAUUGCCUUCUUGUUUUAAAACUCGAUUUUUCAGAGUACUUCUCAGAAUAAGUCGAUGAUGCUAUAACUCGAGUUGUAGCUGAUAUUGUGAGAGCUGGAUUAGUAGAGGGAAACAGUUUUUUAACUUUCAGUUUUCCUAGAGGUAAAAAGCCAUAUAUAGGAGCAGCUCAUGGUUCAAUUGGAAUCUUAUACAUGAUCAUUAAGGCUAUGCAGCUCUUGCCAGACCUAUAAAAGAUGACUAAUCUCAAAGAUGUUGUUAUAAAAUCAUUAGAUGAUUUAGUAUCUAGGUAGACCAAAGCAGGACACUUUGGCUAUCAAAUGAGCUAGGAUCCAUAAGGCGAGGCAGAAGCUGAAUAUGCUGUGCAUUUCUGCCAUGGAGCUCCAGGGUCAAUACCUCUAUUUGUGGAAGCGUGCAAGACCUUCGGGAGUAAGAGAUAUCUCGAAGCAGCUACUCUCAGCGCAGAAUGUACUUGGAAAUAUGGACUUAUCAAGAAGGGUUUCGGAUUGUGCCACGGCAUCUGUGGUAACGCUAUACUUAUGAUGUGUCUAUACAGAUUUACUAACGAUGAAAUUUGGAAGAAAAGAGCUGAAGCAUUUAUAAAGACAACUCUGAAUAAUGAAAUUUUGUAGGGGAUGGAUGAGUAUGAGUUUAGUGGUUUUACUGUCUAAGGAGUACCUGAUCAUCCAUACAGUCUUAUGGAGGGAUAAGCUGGGACUAUUGUAGCCUUGGCAGAUUUCUCAGGAUGGCCUUCGGACACAUAGUAUUUCGAAUAUGACAUUAAAUUCCCAGGCUUUGAAAUUUGA